CUCAAGAUGAACCAGAAGAUGAAGAUGAUUAUUUAACAAAUAUAGAUAAAGCUCAUAUUGAUGAAGUUACAAUAAUUAAUAAUAUCAAUAGAGACUUAUACGAAGAAGUGGAGAGUUAUAAAAAUAAUUGGGAAAAUUAA